CGUAACCCGUUGAAACCAGACCAACCUGUACCGUACCACAAAACCUCUGGAAACUUGGCGACAAAAUCCUCCCCAUUUCUAAGUUCAAAAAAAAAAAUCCUCCCCAUUUCUUGCUGGACCAAGGGCCAAAACCGAUACCCAUUCCCCCCAGUUCUCCAGAUUCGCUGUUGCCUGGAUUGGUUCUCUUCAUCUUGGAGAAUACACAAGGGGAGGGCGCUUCAGCGCGCAAUCCCUUGGCUUCCCAUACCAGUUCUUCCAUCGGAUUUCGCUAUUGCUGACUGAGCCGCGCAAGAAAUGUUGGCCAGCCAUGGGCGGUGGUGAAGACGGGGGAUCGUGCAAUCUGCUCCAAGUUCUUUUUGAGGGUGCUGUAGCUGGAGGAGCUGCUGGUGUUGUUGUCGAAACAGCUUUAUACCCUAUUGAUACAAUAAAGACGAGGCUUCAGGCUGCUCAAGGCGGAAGUAAAAUUCAAUGGAAAGGCUUGUAUGCUGGGUUAGGUGGAAAUAUCAUGGGUGUUCUUCCUGCUUCUGCAAUAUUUGUGGGAGUGUAUGAACCAGCUAAAAGAAAACUACUGGAAUUGCUUCCUGAAAAUUUGAGUGCUAUUGCUCAUUUGACUGCAGGGGCAAUUGGUGGGGUUGCUUCUUCUCUUAUUCGUGUUCCCACGGAGGUGGUUAAGCAAAGAAUGCAAAUGAGUCAAUUCAAGACUGCGCCUGAUGCUGUUCGCCUUAUUGUUGCUAAAGAAGGAAUCAAGGGUCUUUAUGCUGGCUAUGGAUCCUUUCUACUGCGAGAUCUGCCAUUUGAUGCUAUUCAAUUUUGCAUAUAUGAGCAGCUCCGAAUCGGCUAUCGAUUAGCGGCAAAGAGGGAUUUGAAAGACGCAGAAAAUGCAAUUAUUGGUGCUUUUGCUGGUGCCAUUACUGGUGCUCUAACAACGCCCCUCGAUGUCAUGAAGACAAGAUUGAUGAUUCAGGGACAGGCAAACCAACAUAGAGGAUUCAUAGACUGUGCUCAAACUAUUCUGCGAGAGGAAGGCGCUGGCGCCUUCUUGAAGGUAAAACUUUUGCAACCGAAGUAGAUCCAGUAACAAGAAUUUACAUGAGUCCACAAUGACGGGUAUCGAGCCAAGGGUGUUGUGGAUCGGCAUCGGCGGAUCAAUCUUCUUUGGCGUUCUGGAGAAAACAAAACCGGUUCUGGCUCAGAGGAGCCGCCGUAGGGAUGCUAAGCUCAAACUUUAGAAGAGGGUGGGUGAUAGAUUACGGCAUCAUAAAAAUUUCCAUGGGGGAGUAUGGCGCCCCGGUUCACAUUCCAUCAUGUCCCAUCUGAGGAACGUUGAUUCGUCUCGCUUGAGCAAGAGUUCUUGGCUUUCCUUUGGGUUGAAAGUCUUCUUUCGGGGUGGUCACGGCUUUGAGAAUUGAGAUCAUUCUGUUGAGCAGACACAAUUGUGGAAGGUGGAUUCUGUGGUGUCACAGAGAACGGCGUGUUGAGACCCACGUAAAAACUCGUAGCUCGUUGCCUCGCUUGGCUUGUA